CGGAAGCAGGUUUCCACACACACAUGAUUCCAGUAGGGGCGUCGGGAUUUGUGUGUGAGUGUGUGUGGGAAGCUCGGGAAGGACCUUGUCUGCUUAAAGCACUGCGCACGUACGGGCAUCAACUCCAAGGCCAAUACCAUGACCGUACCAAUCCCGCCUUGAUAAUGGAUAACAGUGCUAUUUCACCACUUUACGAGUGUGUUAUCAUUCGGGCUCUUUACAGUUCCGCAUCACGCGUAGCACAUGCACCCGAAAGGGAAGGGAUAGUAAAAAGCGUGACUGUUUGGGGCGAAAUCCGACGAAACACAGGUCGUGUAUCUCUCCAAUGAUAGUAGCGGCGGCCCCGAGAGCCCGAGAGCGGGCCUCCCGGUGGCGCCCGCGUACCCUUAAGGAAGGGCCGCUUUCCACGGGUGGGGGCCAGCAGCAGCAGCUGGAAACGACGUACGAGAGCGAGAGAGCGCAAAAGUGAGAGCACACAUACACUUUCGCGCUUUUGAGUGAGCGAGCGAGAGUGCCUAACAGCGUGGGAGAUGCUGCGCGCAAGCUUGAGAUCAAAAUCGUGAAUCAGUUCGUGCUUCUACCAUCAUCAUCAUCGCCACCACCAUCGUCAUCAUUGGCAUCCUCGAUAUCAUUCAGAAAAACGGUUCGUCCAUUACGGCUCUCCGUCCGAACGCGCUCUCCGCGGUAAGCGUCUAUAUCCUGUGGUGGCUCUCCCGAGACUCCGAAGCGUCCUCCCGAAGCCGCACGGUGUACGGUGCGAUGGAUGGAUGGGACACGCGUGUGAGUUAUAUUCGGCUUACCGAUGCCGAGCAUCCGACGGGCGCCCGCGGCACAAUGAUGAUCCUCGCACGUUCCUGAAUGAAACGGGGCCCGACCAGUCUCGCGUCCAGUCUCGGGUAAACAAACAAUCGCAUCGGCAGUAGUGCCAGCAGCAUCGGCAGCAUCGGCAGCAGCAGCAGCAGCAGCAUAUUAGCCGCCAGCCAGUCAGCCGUAUCCGCGUGAGUGGCGGUUUGGUGUGUGUGGUGUGGUGGUCACGGGAUAAUCGGUCAGUGGAAGACAACUGGUUAACAAUAUUUACAACUUUAAGUUUUUAAUAUUAAAACAGAUAUAUUGGCUCUCUGUUGGUUUGUGUCAACGGCGUGUGAGUUAGCCGCCCCGGAUGCUGGAUUUGGUGAUGCCAACAACGUGCUCGUCGUAGCAGGCGGUUUGAAUUUGAAUGUUUGUGUGUUGGUAAGGCCGUGCCACAGGCAGGCUGAAAGUAAAGGGUGGCAGUAAGCCAUGAAGCAGUUGUGCGCGGUGAUUUGUGUUGGUAAAAUGCACUUCCAAUUUAAGUGCUGCUUCUAAUGGUUCCAGGGUUCCAGCUGCUCCCCCACAAGUGCAUUUCUGUGUGAGUUUGUGCGUGUGUGAAUAAGCGUGUUGUAUCGCAGCGUACUGGUUCAAGGCCAACAACCUCCCGGGGUGGUGGGGAGGGUCCCGAGGUAAAAGUGGUAAUAAAAGCGCCAAACCGCGAACCACUUUGCGUGUGCGUCGUGUCGCUGCAGGAGGAGGAAAGCCGGUGGUGGCAACAAAUUUAUCUUCCAAGAAAAGUGGAAAAUAGAAAGAGAGUGGAUAAUUAAAUACAACAUAAUGAACUUCUUGAAGCGGUUCCAUCCGUGCUGGCCGACGGUGCACUCCGUCUGCUAAAGUUUCCCUGGUGCCGUCCCUGGAUGGACGGACGGACCGUGGCCUAAACCUGCGUUGCACAAACACACUAACCCGAAAGACAUCCGAGUGUGUGUGUGUUUGUUGAGAGUGUUUCCUGGCCGUCUACCCCCCCUCCCCCUCCCUUUAUUUUGUGCAUCCCGUCGGCGGGGUACGGUGUUGUGUUUCGCGCCCAAGAGUGGGCCGUUAGUGUGUGUAUGUGUGUGUUAAAGUUGGGGAAAAUUUAUGUACCACAAACACCAUCCGGCCAUCCCAUCCCUAGGCACGGUUAAAGCACUCUUCUGAAAGCCAGAGUGCAUCAACAACAACAACAGCAGCAGCGGUUUCAGUGUGUCGUGUCAGUGCGUAUGUGUGUGUGUGUGUGUGUAGUUUGUGAAGGAUCCUGAAGGAGUUUGCUCUAUCUUGUUAGUGAAAUUGUUUCAAAUUCCGUGUUGAAAGUUGCACCCUUCAACUACAGAAGCGUAAAGCGAGCAGGGUGAGUGCAUUUCAUACGAAUUUCCACCCACCACUUGUGCUUUGUGUGCGCGUAUGUGCGUGUGUGUGUGAGCUUUAGUGUGUAUGUGAGUGUGAAAUUCUCAGAAGAAAGCAAAGUUCACCAUUCGAGGCUUGAAACUUGUUGAUUAAUUUCACCGGUCGCAAAGCGCUAGGCGCUUUUAAAACAGGAAAUGAAUCUACAGCCAUUCGCCUGGCGGGUGCAUACUCUUGUUUGGCGUUUAUCUGUGCUCAGUGCAUGCUGCGAUUAAGUGAGUGUGUCGAGUCAAGCAGUAGGGCAGCAAACUGGUGCGAUCAAAGCCCAUAACACUCGUAACACUUCGUAACGGUGCCAGCAACAGAGUGAAUGCACGGUAGAAGCAGAUUAACACACAUCGUUCCCUCAUCCUGGACCUGGAGUGCAGUUGCAAGACGCAGCCAACACACCUGUACUGAAGUCACGAAAAGCACAACGACAACAAAUUGACACGGUUUGCUGAAUUCGUUCCACUCACCCAAUGCGGUUUGGUUGGAUCAAUUGAGACCCGCAUUUCGAUUGACGACAGCAACUGAACCACCCCAUAAAGCCUUGACCCAAAGAAAGGUUUCCACAUACCCCCUGACGCUUUGGUAGAUGUAGAUCGAGCCUUGGAAUUUCCCUUGUCUCGUGCUGCUGAAGCAAGUCGGAAGUGAACGAUACGGGCGUUGCUUGACAAAAGAGUAGCCGGUUUUUCACCAAACCACCGCAUCGCCAGUAGCAACGUGUCGAUCAUAGAGGGCAUACGGUGUUUCGCCACAACUAGAAAAUAGUCUGCACUAGUGCCGUGUUGAGCGAGAUCCAUCCAUUGAGAGCCGAACCACCCUUAAACGAGGCACCGGUGCAUGGGACGAUAAGAACCGUUCGCUUGCACACCGACCCGAAACCCGAUGAAAUGAGCCGCUAUGUGGACCUACAUGAUGGCAGCGGCCCGAGGUGACCGGGCAAUGUCAUCGAUAUCGUCACGUCAUCAGAGCAAUCGGAAUGAGUUUGACUCGCCAAGCAUUUACCACUUCAAUCGAGUGCAACGACCACUGUACAACACGACGCACCGGGCACCACAGCUCUCCAAUGGACCGGUCAGCAUUAGUACGACUCCGUUCGGGAGCAACACGAUCUACCAGAGCUACAUGCCGCAGACCGCUUCGCUCGACAGCUUCAACAGUGUGGCCACGAAUCCCAGCUUCUCGACCACGGGUGGCACGCCGCCGCCGCCGCUCGGUGGAUCCGGCCGUGUUGCGCCGGCCACCGGAAGCGGCACCACACCGACGGCCGGACGGCGACAGCAGGCCACUGCAGCGUUACCCUUCACGACCCGCAACCGGCCUGAGGUAGCUACGGAGCUGCCGGUCACGCCGAAGAACAACCAUCUAAGCCAAGCUGUGAUAGAGAGCGAGCGGGGCGAUGUUCAGGACCAACCAUCGGCCGGCCGGCGGGGCAAGCUGUCGUCCUUGCGCCGUUCGCUGAACGCGCUCCGCUGUAGGAUAUCGAAACGAGGCCGCUCCAAGCCACCCGACCAAUUUCUGGACAAAUUCUCGGCCGCCUCCGCCACCUCCGACACCCGCCUGCAUCAGGCCGGCUGCGUUGCGCCGCAGGCCGUCCCGUCCGACGGUGUCUGCAGCCGGCUGUCGGUCGAUCCGUCCCUUCCGUCGCACUAUCGGUGGCUGUCUGUCGUUUCGCUGGCUGUACUGUACAAUAUCAUAUUUGUGAUAGGACGAGCGGUCUUCUGGGAGCUAAACAAGCAAGCCUCCGUGCUUUGGUGGAUCCUGGACUAUCUGUGUGAUUUCAUCUACUUGACCGACACGCUGGUGCAUUGUCAUGAGGGAUACUUGGAGCAGGGGCUGCUGGUGCGUGAUGCGCCCAAGCUGCGGAAACACUACUUCUCCAAGCAGCGCUGGUGGCUCGACGUCGUCUCGAUGCUGCCGACCGACCUCGCCUACAUCUGGUGGGCGCCGAGUUCCUGCGCCGCCACCCGGCUGCCGUGUCCAAUUAUAGUUAGAAUUAAUAGGUUACUGCGUCUUCCAAGAAUGUGGGAAUGGUUCGAUCGAACGGAAACGGCCACCGGCUACCCGAACGCCUUUAGGAUAUGUAAAGUUGUUUUAGCUAUUUUAGUACUCAUCCACUGGAACGCGUGUCUGUACUUUGCCAUCAGCUACGCGCUCGGCUUCAGCACCGACAACUGGGUGUACAACAUCAACGGCCCCAAGAACCUGACACUGUCCCGGCAGUACAUUUACAGCUUCUACUGGUCCACGCUCACGCUGACCACGAUCGGCGAGACGCCGACGCCGGAAAACGAUGCCGAGUAUCUGUUUGUCGUGGCGGACUUUCUCGCGGGCGUGCUCAUCUUUGCCACCAUUGUCGGAAACAUCGGUUCGAUGAUAUCCAACAUGAACGUAACGCGAGUCGAGUUCCAAAACCGAAUGGACGGUGUGAAGCAAUACAUGGCCUUUCGGAAGGUGGGCGGCGAGCUGGAGGCACGGGUCAUACGCUGGUUUGCCUACACCUGGGCGCAGAGCGGUGCGCUGGACGAGGAGCGCGUGCUGGCCGCACUGCCGGACAAGCUGAAGGCCGAGAUUGCGAUACGGGUACACAUGGAUACGCUGCGGCAGGUCCGCAUCUUUCAGGACUGUGAGCCGGGCCUGCUGGAGGCGCUUGUGCUCAAGCUGAAGCUACAGGUGUUUAGCCCCGGUGACUACAUCUGCCGCAAGGGUGACGUCGGCAAGGAGAUGUACAUCGUGAAGCGCGGCAGCCUGUCGGUCGUCGCGGACGAUGGCAUCACGGUGCUGGCCACGCUGGGGGCUGGGUCCGUGUUCGGUGAGGUGUCGGUGCUGGAAAUUGCGGGCAAUCGUACCGGAAACCGCCGGACGGCUAAUGUGCGUUCCAUUGGUUAUUCCGAUCUGUUCUGUUUGGCGAAGCGUGACCUGUGGGAAACGCUGGCCGACUAUCCGGAGGCACGAGCGUCGCUGACCGAGCGUGGGUGUCAAUUAUUGCGAAAAGAUGGUCUGCUGGACGAGGCAGUCUUUGCCAACGCCCAGCAGACGCAGGAUUCGCUCGAGAGUGGGGUGGCCCGGUUGGAGCAGACGGUGGAAAACUUGAACCUUCGGUUGGCCCGCCUGCUGGCCGAAUAUUCCGCCAGCCAGGCGAAGCUGAAGCAGCGCAUCUCCAAGCUGGAGGACAGAGUGCAAAAGCCGUCGCCCACCAGCAGAGGUGCAGAAGCGAAGGCGGCGCACCAGCAAUUGCAGCAUCCUGCAGGAGGAUCCGCGGCAUCCAAUGCGGCCGGACGGUUGCGCACGCAACGACGCAAAUCGCACUCGUCCACCACGACGACGACGACGACGACGGCCGCCGAAGAGUCCUUGACGACGGUGACGGCAUCCGGGACGACACCGACCGUGCCGGGUGCAGCGGGCAGUGCCAGCAGCGGGACCAGCAGUAGUGCCCCAGCCCGACAGAAUACGUUAUGAAUAUGCAUUCGCCAUCUUGCAGCGUGGUACUACCACCACUACUACUACAUCCUGCUGGCGAGUGGCGCGUGGGGCUGAGAUGUGAAACGUGACGAUGACGUCGUACAUUUCCGGGGUUUCGGACGAUAACGGGGUGACACAGAUCGAAGAUGAUUUAAUAGUGGAUGGGUGGAUGCGCUUCCUCCUCUGAACCGGCGAGCAGGAGCGCACUUCAAAACGGGUUUAUACAAGACGGCUGCUGCAAAGAAAGGGUGGCGGUCAGCGGGAGAGCUGCCUCAGACAAGCUGCACCGUAGGACAUCAAACGUGCCGGUAUUUGGUUCUUUCAUUUGUGUCCCAAUUGUGCUUCUUCCGUUGAUCAGUUUGAUUGUGCAAUAUUGUUUUUCAUUUCUUUUUAAAUGAUGGCCGCAUUUUUCAUGUUUUGUUUGUUGCUUUAUAAAUAAAUUCACAUUACUUCAUUUUCUUCGAAACAAUUCCACUUCUCUGUUGCAUAAGACAUUUUAUGUUUCUGUCAGUUGGACAAAGAUAUUAUUUGUUAUUAUUGUCCUUUUUUUCUCUGAUUUUUCUAUAAAUUUAAACAACACCUUCAAGACGGUGCAGUUAUUGGAGCAAUGAAUCUCUUCCUUCAUUUAAAAGUAAGCUAACCAGUGCGGACAAACGGAGAAAAACAACAACAAAAAAACAAAAGGCCAACAAAACUAGCAACCAGUAACUAGCAAGUAAUUGUUUCAUUCACAACCAUUGAAGACCUUGUGAACAGCAUCGUGUUAAUCAUAAGUUGAUAAUAAUAAAACUAGCAACUAACUACAUGCAUGAUUCGAAUACAAAACGAUGGUAACAAACGAUGUAGAGAAAACAAAACAAAAAAUGGAAACAAAACAUUUAACGUGCCUCGAAAUGACUAUUUAGUUUUUUACUUAAUGAUUGUGAUAAGCUAGGGAAAAACAACAAUCUCAACCACACACAGUGAACCACAUCUGGUAGUAGUAGUAACGUGGUGGUACUGGUGGGCUAUUGGUUGAGGGUUGGAUUUGUGGUGGUAGCAGCGUUUGUAGUAAAGUGAUGAAAGUGCGUUUAAAGUAAAACCGCAUGUGUGACACGACAGUUUUGAGUAAACUAACCCAAAACGAACGAAAAAACCAAUACCAUUUUGUGGGGCAAAUAAUUGAAGAAAACGAAACGAAAAACUUAAAACAAAACUUAAACAAAUACUAAGGUAGCAGUGCAAAAGGUACUAAACGUUCAAACAUUAAACAGAGAAACUUAACUACUAGUGUUAAAUUGAUGAAAAAAACAAACAAACUAAUGUUGACUAUUAAACGUUUUAAGAGGAAAAGAGAACGUUAGAGCCUUGAGGAGCUUAUCUUGUAUUUGAUUGUAAAUUGUAGAUGGUUUUAUUUUAAAUCAAUUAUUUUUAUUGAUAAAUACUUAAUGUGCUAGUUGUUAGCUACCUUUUCAAAGUAGAAUCUCACGUUAAUGCACACAAUUGGCAUGUCCUGUGUUUCAUUUUGUUUGAAUUGUUUUUUGGAAACAAAACGCUCUUCAAUUCAAUAAUAGAAAACAAUCAAUAUAUCGAUUACAACUCCAAUUAACGCUCUCUUAACACAGUCUCGUUCUCUUUCUCUCCUCUCUUUCCUUCCCUUUCUGCUCUCUCUCCUCCUGUUUCACUUCACAUCAUCACCCACAACUCUAGCUCUCUAUUACCCAUCCACCCAUCCCUCCUUCUAGUUCUACUAUUGUUAGCAAAUAUAUAUUACAAACCAUUGAAAUGUUUCGGAAAAAGGUUUAAAAGCUUUUCCACCACUAUAUACACAUACAAACCCCCACACACACAACACAUAAGACACAAACACACACUGUAAGAAGAAAACAUCAAGCAAAUGCAAACUUAAAGCGCGUUUAAAAGACGCUCCCACGGAAGCGGCCUGCAAAUGGUCGCGGUGGGAAUAGUUAGCUGUUAACCUUAGGCAACAACAAUCACCACAUCGGUUUACCACUUUUACGUUGUUUUUUUUUAAUGCGAUUGUGCCAUAUUUUAUGCAGAGGAAGAGUUUAAAGCCACGCUACGCAACCAUAACAAAGCUUGUUUGCCGAGUUUCACGCAUACGAACCUCAAAUUCUGCCCCCCGCACGCACAGAGCCGAUCAGCUUGCUCUUAUUUCUCCCAUAACCGUUUAUGACAGGCUACAUCAAUCUUGAAGAAAGGAGAAAUCAUCCCAACAACGCCUUUGACAGUGACGUUCUGCUGAAGCCAACUCGCCACCCGCCCCGGAUAACAAAGCAUGUGAGAAAUCAUUCACCAAAAACACAGCAAAACAAAAAGCUGGGUUCGGGGCAUAUACACAUACCUGAAAAGGCAACGAGAACCCAAUAAAAGCAACCACGCCAUUGCAUAACCGAUCACCAGCAUAACCCGGCCCUGCUUUGCUCAACGAUUUCCAUAGCAGCGGAAAUGUAUUCUCCUUCCCAUGUCUUCUUCCGCAUGCAUGCGUGGCGCCACGUGGUAGCGUGAGAUGAUGCAGCACGAAAUGCGGGCGAAAACAUCUUUCGAACAAUAACUCAACAAUGUAUCAAUGCCCCCACUGAAUGUCGAAGUAGGCGGGUAAAAACGCCCCAGCACCUUCGCGCGGGCACAAGGACUGUUGUGCUGCCAGCAUCCUGAGGUGAGGUGAGAUGAGUUGCCAUAUCUGCGCAACCUUCCGUAGCGGCAGAUCGAUUUCAUUGAACUUUCGAGCAUUCGAGUAACUUCGAGUAGGGCCGGGCUUUGGGACAGGCGGCUCAUUUUAAUAUGCAAAUUUUAAUAAUACACAUGCCUUAUCAUUCGGCGUUUGCGUUUUUUGCUUUGCUUUUGCCUCUUUUGCUCAAAAAUGAUAAAAGCUCGCCUUUCCAUCUUUCUGCCGAGUUUCACCGCUAACCAGAAGCGGGCGGAAACAAGUCAUAUUUUCGAGGACAAAAAUACAAUAGCAGCGGAUAGCGCGGUAAUCGUUGUGGUGAUUGUUGUUGCAGUUUUUUAGUUUGUAAGAACGAACACAAUCUAUCGGUUAAAACCGUACGCCCCCGUGCCACGGGAUGAUAGAUUAGUUUCGCUGCGAUUAGGGACGGAUAUAGCUUUACGACGACGAUGACGCCGUGCUGGAACUGGGGAGGGAGCUGGAUCAUUGGGUUUUGGGGAGUCUGUCCUUUGUUCCGUCGUUGCACAUUCGGCUUCAGUUUGAAUAAUAAUUCAUCAUCCGGAAUGUUGGGAAGAGGUUAAGCAUGAUUUCCGUGCUUCUUGUGGGUCCGUCGUGUAUGUUUUUGCGCACAAAAUCACAUAUCUGUUAGCAGUAGUAGCAGUUUAGCGGGCAACGUUCACUCUGUGUGUAACUCCUUUUUGGCAAUAAUGUGCAACGAAUUUUUUUCUCCUGUUUGUUGGUUUGUUUUAAACACAAAUUCACAUUCACUUCUGCUCUUUUAUUUGUCCCAAAACUAAUCGAAAGCGCACCAUUAAAUGUUAAUCAGUAGAACUACAUGGAAGAGUUAAAAGAGUGCGACAAAUGUGUCCCUUUAACACGAACGAGCGU